CUCGAGAAAAGGAAGCAGAAAAAGCAGAACCAGCCACAGCUUCUUCAUUUCCUUCACUUUUCGCUCUUGGGACCUUACUGCAGACUUAGCAGUCUUAGCAGGGAACGGCUGCAGGGAGGAGACCGCCACAGAGCGGGAGCUUCUGGACACAGCCUAAUAACACCGAGGGUUGGGCCGAGGCUCCCAUGGGGCCUGUGAAUUCCCGAGGUCACAAGGCAGAAGCCCAGGUGGUGAUGAUGGGCCUGGACUCGGCUGGCAAGACCACGCUCCUGUACAAACUGAAGGGCUACCAGCUGGUGGAGACCCUGCCCACCGUGGGUUUCAACGUAGAGCCUCUCGAAGAGCCUGGACACGUGUCUCUGACUGUCUGGGAUGUGGGUGGGCAGGGCCAGCUCAGGGAAAGCUGGAAGGACUACCUGGAGGGCACAGACAUCCUCGUGUUCGUGCUGGACAGCACAGACGGAGCCCGCUUGCCCGAGGCAGCGGCUGAGCUCACGGAGGUCCUGGAUGACCUCCACAUGGCAGGCGUCCCUCUGCUGGUGCUGGCCAACAAGCAGGAGGCGCCCCACGCCCUGCCGCUGCCGGAGAUCAGAGACAGGCUGGGCCUGCCUGGGUGCCAGUGGCGCUGCUGGGAGCUGCGGGCCUGCAGCGCGCUCACCGGCGAGGGGCUGCCCGAGGCCCUGGAAAGCCUGCGGCGCCUCCUGAAAUCCCGCAGCAGCUGCAGCGUCUCCAGUUGAGCGCAGAGGGGCGGCCGAGGGGAGAGGCAGAAGUCCCCCCGGGCAGAGACGCCUGUCUUCGCUCCCGCGGCCUAGAAGAUCAGCUAAUCCUGGAGAAUCUUAAAUUCAGUUUAUCAAACUAGAAAUCCUCCUGUGCUUGGACUAUUUUCCUCUUGGGACUUACUGUCAUGGGCGUUUAUGCGAAAGUCAACUAGUUUUUGAAUAAUGGUACUCCAAGGGAAAAAAUAUCCUUCCAUAUACAUUGUUUAGUUACUCAUUACCAAGUGUGAACAUUGUAAUAACAGAACACACGAUUGCAGAAUAAGACCUGAAUUCACAGGGUGAAAGAGGUUUCA